AUGAUGUUGUUUUGUGUUAGGUUUCAAGAGCAAUCUGAAUUGAGUUAUUGUAAUGCCUCGCAAUUUCAAGUGGCGAUUGAGGAAGCAUUUUUGGCUGAUCAGGGGUUUGUAGAGAACUUGAAUGAAGAUUUGAGUGCAGUGGCUGGUAAUAAUGGUUGUAGUAAUAGUUCUAUUCUUAAAGCCUUUCAGAAUGUAGCUGCUUCAAAUAAGAAUGUGGGUGGUCCUGUUCAGAAGAAGGAUUUAUUUGAAAGAGAGAAAAAUGCGCGACUUUGUGCAGAAUGUGGAUUGGACGUUCCUCUCAAUAUGUCAAAGAAAAGAAAGGAUUUGACUCCUAGUGGUCAACUCCUAUGCAAAACAUGUGCCAGGUUAACAAAAUCAAAACAUUAUUGUGGCAUAUGUAAGAAAGUUUGGAAUCAAUCGGAUAGUGGAAGCUGGGUCCGUUGUGAUGGAUGUAAAGUGUGGGUGCAUGCUGAAUGCGACAAAAUCUCCAGCAUCCUUUUCAAGAAUCUUGGAAGCACAGAUUAUUUCUGCCCUGCUUGCAAAGUGAAGUUUAAUUUUGAAUUAUCGGAUUCAGAAAAAUCAAAUCCAAAAGUCAAAUGGAACAAAAAAAAUGGGCAGCUAGGACUUCCAAAAAAGGUCACUGUUCUCUGCAAUGGUGUGGAAGGCAUAUAUUUUCCAAGCCUUCACUUAGUUAUGUGCAAGUGUGGUUUUUGUGAUACUGAAAAGCAAGCACUUAGUGAAUGGGAACGCCACACAGGUUCCAAAUUUAGAAACUGGAGAACAAGUAUUCGGAUUAAAGGAUCCAUGAUAUCGCUGGAACAAUGGAUGCUGCAGUUGGCAGAAUUUCAUGCUAAAGCUGUAGUUUAUGUCAAACCUAAAAGACCAUCCACAAAAGAAAGAAAACAGAAAUUGCUUAACUUUCUGCAAGACAAGUAUGAACCAGUUUGUGCUAAGUGGACUACAGAACGAUGUGCUGUAUGCAGAUGGGUUGAAGAUUGGGACUACAACAAAAUUAUCAUCUGCGUCAGAUGCCAAAUAGCCGUUCAUCAAGAAUGCUAUGGAGCAAGAAAUGUUCGAGACUUUACAUCAUGGGUUUGUAAAGCUUGUGAAACACCAGACAUCACGCGAGAAUGUUGUCUUUGUCCUGUAAAAGGUGGCGCUCUAAAGCCUACUGAUGUUGAUCCAUUAUGGGUUCAUGUCACUUGUGCCUGGUUUCGACCUGAAGUAUCUUUUGCUAGUGAUGAGAAAAUGGAGCCUGCUUUGGGUAUCUUAAGUAUUCCGUCGAACUCUUUCGUAAAGAUUUGUGUUAUUUGUAAGCAAAUACAUGGCUCGUGCACACAAUGUUGCAAGUGUUCCACUUAUUACCAUGCCAUGUGUGCAUCAAGGGCCGGUUAUCGCAUGGAGUUGCAUUGUUCGGAGAAAAAUGGUAAACAGACAACAAGAAUGGUUUCUUAUUGUGCUUAUCACAGGGCUCCCAAUCCAGACACUGUUUUGAUUAUACAAACUCCUCAAGGGGUCAUUUCAACUAAAAUCCUUAUCCAAAAAAAGAGAAAAGUCGGGUCAAGAUUAAUUUCGUCGAACAGAAUAAAGGAAGAAGGCACUCCUCUAGCAGAUAACACCGAACAUGAUCCAUUUUCUGCGGCUAAGUGCCGAAUCUUUGUAAGAAUAAACCGCACAAAAAAGAGAGCAGCAGAUGAAGCCGUUCCUCAUAAAGUGAGGGGUCACUGCCGUCAUCCUCUAGAUGCAAUUCAGAGAUUAAGUCCAUGCAAAGUGGUAGAUGAGUCUCGGACAUUUUCAUCAUUUAAGGAACGCCUUCAUCACCUACAGAGAACCGAAAAUGAACGAGUGUGCUUCGGUAGAUCAGGCAUACAUGGAUGGGGUCUGUUUGCACGAAGAAUUAUUCAAGAAGGAGAAAUGGUCCUUGAAUAUCGUGGCGAACAAGUAAGGCGCAGCGUUGCAGACCUGAGGGAGGCACGCUAUAAAUUAGAAAGGAAAGACUGCUAUCUUUUCAAAAUAAGUGAAGAAGUGGUAGUUGAUGCAACCGAUAAGGGAAAUAUAGCGCGGCUAAUUAACCAUUCUUGUAUGCCAAAUUGCUAUGCAAGAAUCAUGUGUGUGGGUCAUGACGAGAGCCGGAUCGCACUCAUCGCCAAGACUAAAGUAUCUGCUGGUGACGAGCUAACGUAUGACUACUUGUUUGAUCCUGACGAGCCAGAUGAAUUUAAAGUUCCAUGUUUAUGUAAAGCUCCAAACUGCAGGAAAUUCAUGAACUAG